AGGACUUGGGGACUGGACCCAAAGGCUCCUGGGCCUGAAGAACUGGACUUCCAAACAGCAGCGUUGAUGGUUAAUUGUUUUUGAGAUGGCUGAAAAAGAUGGAGAACUUAAAACAUGCCGUUGGACUCUGCCUAAAGUCAUGGCAGUGGGAGCCGGCACCUUCCUGCUUUUGGCUGGAAUCGGAGUUGGGAUUUGGGCAAUAGUGGUGUCUGUGCUUGGGAGUGAAAAGGGAAGCUUAUAUGCGGGUGAGUAUGCGACCAAGGGCACUGGAACUCUUCCCGCCAUUUGUGACCUAGCCUCACCUUUUCCAGCCCGAUGUCUUCAGGAACUGUGGGACUACAGCUUCUCCAAUUCCCAGCCAUUCCUGGAGAAGGUGACAAGUAGCCGAAGAACCCGUGUUUACAUUGGGGCCUGGGGGAAGCAUGGCGUCGAGGGAGAACUUGCCAACCACUGUAAAACGGGUAUUGAGCUGAUGGAAGCACCAGGCUCUCUUGUACAAAGGCAGCUUCUGAUUCCUCCUUCUUUUGUAGGACAUCAGUCUGAAGACCUUCAAGAGGCCAGAGUACCCGUCCUCAGCACCGCUAUCUGCAACGGCCCUGAUUACUACAGCAGUCAGAUAAAGCCCAGGAUGUUUUGCGCUGGUUUUCCAGGUGGAGGUAUAGAUGCUUGCCAGGGGGACAGCGGUGGCCCUUUUAUGUGUGAAGACAGCAUUUCACAAGUGUUACGUUGGCGGCUGUGCGGCAUUGUAAGCUGGGGUACAGGCUGUGCCCUGGCCAAUAAGCCUGGAGUCUACACCAAGGUGAAUGCUUUUCAUGGGUGGAUCCACCACACCAUGAAGACAAACUCCCACAUUAGUGGGUUGGUGAUUCAGCAGUGAAAUGCAUGGAGCUGGCCUCCUCCCUUUCCAGUGAAUUGCUGCUUUAAAUAGAAGGAGAAGAAUCAAGGAAAAUGAGGAGGA